AUGAGCUCACUUCCGUCGGAACUAAGACCAAACCGGGUAGCAGUUCAAUCUAAUUUGGUAAUAUGUCAGUUUCUGAUGCCACCAUCCAUGACCAAGUUAAAGAAUAUUAUGGCAUGUACAGUAAGUUUUGGCUCUGGACUUACAAAAGAAGUGAAGGAGGCACUUGCUUCAGUUCAUGAAGAAGUUUCAAAAAAAUAUUAUGGAUGCGGCCUUGUAAUUCCUGAAUGUUUAGAGGGUAGAAGUAUCCUAGACCUGGGCAGUGGAAGUGGGCUCGACUGUUUUGCCAUGUCAAAGCUAGUUGGACCUGAUGGGUAUGUUGUAGGUAUUGACAUGACAGAUGAACAGUUGAAUGUUGCCAACGAAUACAUCAAUUAUCACACAACUCUGUAUGGUUACAAGAAACCAAAUGUGAAAUUUGUCAAGGGGUACAUUGAACGAUUAAUAGAAGCUGGACUUGAAGAAAACUUUUUUGACAUUAUUGUUUCCAACUGUGUCAUCAACCUAUCACCUGACAAGCAUGCUGUCCUUUCCCAGAGUUACCAAGUGUUAAAGAUGGGUGGAGAAUUGUUUUUCAGUGACAUCUAUGCUGAUAAAGUGGUAUCAGAAGAAGCUCGAAAACACCCUGACCUUUGGGGAGAAUGUAUUUCUGGUGCUCUCUACUGGAAGGACUUGCAUAAAAUUGCUGAAACUGUUGGCUUUAGUCAGCCACGUAUAGUCUCAAUAAGCCCAGUACCGGUAGAAAGGGAAGACUUUAAAAAAAUUCUGGGUGAUGUCAAAUUUGCUUCAGUGACUUAUCGUCUAUUUAAGUUGCCAGUAAAUUGCAAAGAAUCAAGUGCUCAAGCCAUUUAUAAUGGCGAAAUCAGUGGCCAUGAAAACCAACUGAAAUUUGAUCAUAAACUGACUUUCAAGGCUAAUGAUCCUGUGUGCAUUGAUGGUCAAACUCAUGCUUCCUUGAAAUAUUCCCGUUUUGUUGAUGAGUUCUUGAUUCGUCCUCAGAAAUGUGGAGAACCUAUGGCAGAAUCAGAGCUUGUCAACCCAUUUAAAAUUUUGGAGAAUCUCAAGUCAUCCGGGAAAGAAGUUCCUGCAGCAUGCUGCUCUACUAAAUGCUGUUAA